AUGCAUGAAAUGCAAGGAGUUUUGUUUUGUUCGGGCAGCGGCACUCGCAUGCCCGCUCUCACUCGCGACGUUCAAAAGUGCCUGCUGCCGGUCGUCGGCGUGCCAAUGUUCCUCUAUCCGCUUUCUUCUCUGCUCAGGACGGGAAUAGUAGGUGAGACCCCGAUCAAUACAGUACUGGCAAGCCAAUGACUGCGCUUAGACAUCAAAAUCUUCGUACGUGAAGUGCUCACACCGAUUCUUGAAAAGGAAAUCAAGAAGUCGCAGCUCCUAGAGCAGUAUCCAGCAAACAUCGAGUACAUUCCGGUGACUCAAGAGGACUACGGAACUGCUGAUCUGCUCAAGCAUCAUCAUUCGAAAAUUACAGUGAGAAUUAAUUUUUUAUUCAAAUAAAAUCAGUAGUUUUUCAGCGGGACGCUCUUUUUGUCUCGUGCGACUUUGUCAGCGAUGCCAGCCUUAUCCCACUCGUCGAUUUCUUCCGAGCAACAGAGUCCGCUCUCGUCGCCCUCAUAGCUGACACGUGCGUUAAUGCCCCGGCUCCUGGUUCCAAGUCCAAAAAACCCAGAGGUUUACAUUUUAAUCGGACAGAUUGAAGUCAAGCUAACGAUUGUUUCAGCUACGGAUCUGAUGGCCAUUGAGAAGACGACUGGACAGCUGACAUGGCUGUGCGGAGACGACGACUUCGAUGCUCCUAUUUCCAUCGAGAAAUCACUGACAACGUUUCCAAAUGUUCAACUGACGGCUGCCUUCAAUGACUGCCACGUGUAUGCCAUUCGCCACAAGGCCGUUCAGCAGCUCACCCGAUCCAAGUAAUCAAUUGGUCCCCUCUUUUCUCAUCUGCCGACUGUCGACAAGUCCCCUUUCCAGACAUUUCUCCUCGCUCAAAGCCGAUUUUGUGCCGUAUUUGAUCAAAAAGCAGUUCGAAGCGGCAUGCGAGGAGAACAAGUGUUACGCCUACCGACUGCCCCACGAGAAUGGAUCAGUGACUGCUCAUGCCAACACCUACGGAGCCUAUUUCGAAGUUAAUAAAGCGGUAAAACCUCAUUACUUUCUCUCAACCUAAUCCUCGCUCCUUCAGAUACAAAGAUCUUUCACGCGGUUGUUUGAAUAUCGCGGAAAUGGCCUCAGCUUCAAUUACAAAACAGAUAAAAUUGGAGCACAUGACAGCCGGAUUGAGGAGAGCGCGCAGGUAAUUCCUUCUUCAAUUUCCUUUCGCUUUCGCUAAUGACAUACUUUGCAGGUCGGCAAAGAGGCGGUAAUCAAGCGAUCCGUGAUUCUCGAUCAUUGUCGCAUUGGCGAGAAGGCGAAGCUGAAAGAGAGCAUCAUCGGCCGCGGCGUUGUCAUUGGAAACGGGUAAGUUAAAAAAAACACGCGCGAUGCGUUGGUGGCAAGAUAACUCUUCCGUCUAAUUUAGUGAAAGCGAUAACAAGGCACUACUCUUUUCCUAAAUCUUUCUAACCAACCCAUUUCGUUUCUAGAGCCUCGGUGAGCAAUUGCAUUGUUUGCGACGGAGUCGAAAUUGGAGAUAACGCCGACGUAACCAAUUGUAUUGUAACGAAAGACCAGAAGGUCGCCGCGAAAGGUAACUGUUUCGUUGUACUGUUUUUCGCUUUAUUCGAUAUAUUUCAGUCAAAGUUCAAAACGAAGUUGUCGACGGCAAUGACGAAGGGUGGACAGACGAUUAG